GAUAUAAACCAACGUAAGACAGCUUAGCCUUCUUGAGCGAUGGAACUUCAAAUGGUAUACUCGGUUCACAAGGAAAUGGAGCGCUCUAGUUGUUCUUCGGCUAAGAUUGAGAGGAAGAUCAUUGAGAAGAACAGGAGAAAUCAUAUGAAGAAUUUGUAUUGCAGGCUCAAUUCUCUACUCCCCCGUCAUACGUCCAAGGAGCCAUUGUCACUGCCUGAUCAAAUAGAUGAAGCCGUGAAUUACAUAAAGAGCCUGCAAACCAGGUUGAAGGAAUCCAGAGAGAAAAAGGAAAGUCUAACGGGAAGAAAGAGAUCCCAUAGAUGCGCCAAUACUACUGCAGCUGAAGCCGCAGCAGUCUCGAGAUCUCCUGAAAUCAGUAUUAAUGAAACGGAUUCUGCUAUAGAGGUGGUUUUGAUGACUGGGCAAGACUGUCAGUUCAUGUUUUACGAGAUGAUCCGCAUACUUCAUGAAGAAGGAGCACAAGUACUGAACGCCAAUUUCUCGGUCCUUGGGAAUACCAUUGUCCACAUUGUUCAUGCUGAGAUUGGAGCGCAUAUGUUUACUUUUGGUGCAGAAAAAAUAAAGGAGAAACUGAACAAGUUUGUGCAUAAUUCCAGCAGCGAACAGCAGCUGCAACAAGAGCUAUGGGACUUCGAAAUCCAUCCUGAAACGUGGGAUUUCCCAAUCAUGUGAUUCACGUGCAUUGACUGGACAUGGCGCAAUAAAGCCCACGAGCUCAUAAGAUAGGAAACUUCAAGGCUAUAGCAGUGAUUUAGGAAUAGAACAGCCCUGAUGUUUUCCAUAACUGUAUAGCUAGCUACCCUGCCGGGGCCAUCAAAAUUUUCUUCCCUUUUGUAAUGGAGCUCCUGAACCCUACAAAGAUAUUGCCUUUGUUUCGUUGUGUCACUUAGAAGUAAUUAUACAAAUGCUAAUCUAUGGAUCUUUUGUCAGCCAUUGCUCCAUUGAAGCACAUAACUGAUUAACCGAGGGGACUUUCAAUUUUCAAA